GGGAGAGAUAGAGAGGGAGAAAGAGAGAGAGAGAAAGAGAGAGAGGGGCUUUCCAUCUCGCCUAGAUUCCUCGAGACACAUUCCGGAGAGGAGAUUCGCCCCCAAGGAGAGCACGUUUGCUAGGUGGCAAGGGCGAGAAGGGGUUGGAGGGGGGCGGGGAGGGGGGCGGCAGGCGAGCCACAACCGUGUCAAUGCUCGUCUCCCAUCCUCGCCACCACCACCUUGCACAGUGAAUUUGGAAGAUGGAGAUGGACGUCAAGGGAGUUUCUCAGGGUCCGGAGCCCAUCCCCCGCGCCCAGGGGUCUGGCGGAGGCUGUCAGCAGCAGCAGCAGCAGCAGCAGCAGCAGCAACAGCCGCAGCAAUUGCAACAGCAGCAGCUGCAGCAGCUGCAGCAGCAGCAGCAGCCGGGGGAAAGUGCCACCGCCAGUGACAGCAAUCAUCCGGAGAAGAGACAGCACGGGGAAAAAGAAGACAAAAAGAGGACCGUAGCCAACAAGACUUCAGGUGCUCCUUCAUACAGCAGAUGGUCCAGUUCUCAGCCACAUCAGUCCAGCUCCACAGUGAGAACGUACCAAAACAGUAAAUCAAGAGUGACCAUGAGCCCUGGCUUUAGCUCUCAGUGGAACAGCAGCCAACCUGCUUGGAAUACGUACACCUUUCCAAGAGCAAGUUUGCACUACCAGUCCCAUGCCAGCUACACCUACUGUGCUGGACACCCUGCCCAGUCCUAUGCACCAGCUCCCCAUCCCAUGGCUCCUCCCAGCCCCAGCACAAACAGCAGCAGCAACAACAGCAGCAACAACAGCAGCGGAGAACAGUUGAGUAAAACCAACUUGUACAUUCGAGGCCUUCCACCCGGCACCACGGACCAGGACCUUAUCAAGCUGUGCCAGCCGUAUGGAAAAAUUGUAUCCACAAAGGCAAUUCUUGACAAAAACACGAAUCAGUGCAAGGGUUAUGGUUUUGUGGAUUUUGACAGUCCAGCAGCAGCGCAGAAAGCAGUAGCAUCUCUGAAAGCAAAUGGCGUGCAAGCCCAGAUGGCGAAGCAACAAGAACAAGAUCCCACAAAUCUGUACAUCUCAAACUUACCCAUCUCUAUGGAUGAGCAAGAGCUGGAGAACAUGCUGAAGCCCUUUGGACACGUCAUUUCCACCAGAAUAUUGAGAGAUGCCAAUGGAGUCAGCAGAGGAGUUGGCUUUGCCAGGAUGGAGUCUACAGAAAAAUGUGAAGUAGUAAUUCAACAUUUUAAUGGAAAAUAUCUGAAAACACCACCAGGCGUUCCAGCCCCCACUGAGCCUUUGCUGUGCAAAUUCGCUGAUGGAGGGCAAAAGAAGCGACAGAAUCAAAGCAAAUAUACACAGAAUGGAAGGCCGUGGCCAAGGGAAGGAGAGGCCGGCAUGGCUUUGACCUAUGACCCUACAGCUGCUAUACAGAAUGGAUUUUAUUCUUCACCGUACAGUAUUGCAACAAACCGCAUGAUUCCACAGACAUCUAUCACGCCAUUCAUUGCUGCUUCCCCUGUCUCUACAUAUCAGGUCCAGAGCACUUCAUGGAUGCCCCAUCCGCCAUAUGUUAUGCAACCAACAGGUGCUGUGAUAACACCGACAAUGGACCACACUAUGUCAGUCCAGCCAGCAAGUAUGAUGGGCCCUCUGACACAACAGAUGAACCACCUUUCCUUGGGCACAACAGGAACGUAUAUGACCGCUGCUGCGCCUAUGCAAGGGACCUACAUUCCCCAGUACACUCCUGUGCCUCCAGCAGCUGUCCCUAUUGAAGGUGUUGUUACUGAUACCUCUCCCCAGACAGUAGCACCUUCAUCACAGGAAGCCAGUGGUCAACAGCAACAAAUGGCAGUGGAAACGUCUAGUGAGCACGCACCUGCAUACUCCUACCAACAGUCUAAACAAUAAACAGGACUGAAGAAUGUCGGUCUGAAAACUUUGCCUUGAACGGAGAAACUUCAUUGAACAAGAAGUUGGCUUCCAGUUUGCACAGGCGUCAACCGAAUGCUUUUUUUUUUCUUUUCAUUUUCUACUUUCCCCAACGAAAACAAAGUGUUUUUAUGUGCUGUGCAAAUGGUUCCUUCAUGUAGUCUGACAGUUUUAUUUUUGCUAUAAUUUUUUUUAAUUAAAGAAAAAACCCAGAGGAAAAAAAAAAACACUGGGGGUUGACAUUUCAUCUGGAUGAACAUUUGAAUUCAGAAUUUACCUGGAGGUGUAGAUAGAUUUUUUUUUUCUUUUCUUUUGAAAACAGCAAACCUGACGAUGUCAAGAGGGAGCGAGCUGAGAUGAAAACUAAUUGUCUUCCUCAAUAAUUAAGCUCUUUCUCUUUUUUUUUUUUUCCUGGUUUAAAUCUAGUGGGUUGGUUUUUUAUUAUUUUUCUUAGAAAUGUUUAGGUAAGGUUUAUCUCGAAUCUUAAUUGCCUUAAUUUUAAGGACGUCAAAGGCUCUCGGGGCAAGCUGUCAACGUCUUGUUAGAAAACCAAGAAGGAAUGGAAAUAUUGCUUAGUGCCAGUUUCAACUGGCACCGGAGUUUAAUAGACUACGAGUUUUUAGAGUGAAAAAAUAAACUGUACAGUUUAAAAGAAAAUGCUUUUCUUCUUUUGAAGAAAAUUUGUUGAUAAAGAAACUGUGGCAACUUCAAGAAUUGGAAAAUGCUGGGACUUUGAUGAACUUUGUCUUAAAUGUUGACAGAAAUCAUUCUAGAAGGCUAAAGCAUUUUACAGUAAAGUUAUUGACAUUGGGAAAAAAAAAACUGCAUUAUGAAUAAUGCGGGGUUUUGGGGCAGAAUGCAGAUUUUUUUUUAUUUACAAAGCGUGAUCGCUAGCAAAAACAUUAGUGCUUUUUAUCUGCAGUCUUUUUUAUGAGCUUUAAGAAGUUUUUAGUCUGCUUUGCUUGUCACAUUGCAAAACCUAGCUUAAGAGCAUUAAAAAAAAAAAAAAAACCAAGUAGAUAGGAGCUUAUGGUCAAAAAAGUGCAAAAAAAAAAGCAAUAGAUAGAAGAAAUUGUUGACAAUUUCUGUAGUCUUUCCUAGUUGUGAUCAAAUGCAGCCUAUGGAUGGCCUAUUUUAUACCAAAGAUGAAGUGACACCCUAACGCAGUCCAGAAGAUAGAGGUUUUUGUUUUGGGGUUUGUUUUUGUUUCUUUCGUUGUUUUUUUAAAAUCUUUAUUUGACCGACAUGGCCGGACCAGUUCUUACUUUCUCCUUUGUUUAAACUAUCUUCCACUGGUGUUUGACAUACUCCAAGAGUUUCUCGAGAAAAGGGGAUUUGAGUUGGUCCUAGGAGCCUGUACCUGCUGUGCUAAACAGAGAAUCGCAGUGCGAAGAGCGUUGAGUACCAACUCGUAGCCAGAUGGGCUUUCAUUUCUCUGUUAUUUCCUCUGUCGCACUGCCUGAUCCCUUGCGUGGUGAAACCUGUCUAGGGAAGCCCUUGUAUUGGAAAGGCACCAGCCUCCAAGGCGGAAAUGUCUUAGAACAGAUUUGAGGUGAUUUGCUAGAAAGAGUUGGUCUUCGAAGCCACCUGUCCAAACAGGCUGCAGUUGUGAGGAAGAGCAGAUGGAAUCCUUUCAGCAGGUUUUCCUGGGUCUGGAACUCCAGUCUUCCUUCUGAAUCUCGCCACCUUGUGGGUUCACCGCCUCUCCUCGGUUGUUUGCCAUCCUCCAGCGUGACUAGCCACCCUGAAUCGUCAGCGUCGAGCGGUCGCCCCCUGCGUCGCGGGAGCCUGGAGAUUCCAGAGAGAGCAAGCGUGCGCAGGUUUCUCCACCGCAAUCUCUUCGGCACCUAGGAAUGUCAAGAACGAGUCCUCUCCGAUGCGGUUUUUGGUACGCUUUCAAUAUGCUGGUUGACAAUCAGGAUUUAGUGUGAUUAAGGGGGAAGAGAUGGAUUCUGCCGCACUUUCAGGUGCACCAGUAAAGCCAAAGGAAAUGUGCUCGCAUUUGCUUGCUGAAGGAUCAGGACGAAGCCGAACGAAAUGACACGGUUUUACGCGUUUCUAUCAAGAAAUCAUGCGGAGAAAUUACGAUCUUUUCUCCAAACGCAAAGUCAGUCGUUGAAGGGCGCUCAGUAGGAGAAUUGAUUUUGGACCGAGGCGUGGGAUCCCAGAAAAAAAAAAAAAAAACCAAACGGAUUGCAACAAAAGAAAAGUAGGAAAUGUAAAACAGGGUAUUCCUUUUUUCAAAAGAAUGUUAAAUCUUAUUCCCAUUACAGCAGCCUGCUUCCAAGGCCCCAGUUGCAGACCCAGAUCUCUGGGUCGUGUAACUCAAAUCCCACAAAUUAAAAUCCAAAAGAGUUUUUGUGGGUUUUCUUUUAAAUAUAUUUCAAGUUUUGGAACGACAGUGUAGCCGAUCUCGAUUUCAAACUAGAGAAGGGUGCCCAAGCCAACGGCUGCUAUGUAUGCAACACACAAAACCAACAGAGGAAUCAAAUCUCAGCCGGUGACUCGCACAGCAACGAUUUCCCACCGUUCAGAAAGAACUUUAUCUUCUCACUUGACUCAUCUCCUUCACCGUUAUUAUUUGCAUCUAACGAAUGCCGCUUCGGUUCUAGCAUUGAAGAGGGCGUGCCCCGAUUGGUGGGGUAUGGAAAAAAUUCAAGCUAGCCUUAUUUUCUUCCUCUUUUCACUCUCUGAACUCUUUGUAUAAAUAGGGAUUGUCCCUGGGCAUAAUUCAGUUGAAUAUGAAAUAAACCCAUUUUGUUCUAUAUCUGUAUAAAUACUGAUGUGACACAAAGAAAAGUCUCAUUCCCUAUCGACAAUGAGGCUACGUGAGGUAGCUACCAUGUGGCUGAUGAAUAUGCUGAGGUAACUUCCUGUUUCUAUUCAAAACUCUGCUGCUUUAUUUAUACAUUCAGAAACCUUUUUUUUUUUUUAAUUUUAAUUUUCAUCUACAAAAGAAAAAGAAUCUCAAUGUUUUUAUUAAGCCAGUUCGGGCAAAAGGAGAUCGCUCUGUCUAUCAUUUUAACUGUCUGUGUGCAUUUUUUUUGUUAGCAUUGUUUAAAUCGUGCCAUACUGUAAGGUAUCUCAUUUUAAACCAAAAAGGAAAAGAGGAAAACAAAAGAUCCCUCCUCCCUGCCAGAAUUACCUUUUCCCCGUCAACCCGCUUAUCUGCGACUAGGUCCUUACCUCUUACCCCAGAAAAACUCCGGGUUCCCAAUGUAGGUGACGCUGAGGAAAGAAGCGUCCUGGUUUGACUCCAGAGAAGGAAACUGCCCCCACCUCCCAUCCCCAGCGUGGCCACGACCCCAUCCGCCAGUGAUGUUAGCACAGUGCGGGAGCCCGAUCCCGGGCAAAAAUCAAAGCCGGUUCCCUUGCGGUUCGGGGCGGUCGGGUUGACGAGGGUUUGUUCGUGUGUUUCUAUGCUUUGUCUGUCCUGCUGUAAGGAGCUAGGCCUGGCGGUUCCUGGCAAAGUCUUAAGGGAUUGGGGCCUGACCUAACCAUCGGGAACCAAACUCAAAUCCUUGAACUGAACUGCACACACGCUUUCCAUCACAUCCAGAUCUUGUAUAUAACUGAAGAACUAGGAAUGGGUGUUAUUUUCAAAUAUGGCAUGCGAGGUCAGGAAAGAUGGGCGCCCCACCUGGGCACUUCCCUUAGAAAGUCGAGACGAUAACAAACAGCGAGAAGCGCAACAACACGCUGCGGAGUCACUCGCGCGACAUCCCUAUACCUGUUCAGGCCCGUACCGGUCGUUACCGAGGAGCCUUGAGGAUUCUCUGCCUAUCCGACUCCAGUUUGGCCAGCUCUUUCUAAUUUAUCUCGACUAUUGGCCGCCAUCUUCCGUAGAACAGACUUGCUUUGUCCGUUGCAGAUAAACAUAGUGGCCCAUUUUAAACAGACUCCAUUUUAUUAAAUGGCGCCUGCUUUCAUGGCAUCUUUGUGGUCGCCAAGGGACUUGAACUGUCUCUCUCUGAUAGUUCAUAAAGCUAAUGUAACAUAAAACUAGAAGCCUAUUAGAACAAUUUUGUCAUGUUCUGAUGUGGGUGCAUGCACAACUGUGGAAGGUAAGAGUCGGUGAUCAGUUGAGAAGCAUUUUGAAGUGGGCUUGUGUUAAAUGGGUUUUUACAUGACUGAAAAUCAAAUAGAAGGGUAUUAUUUAUGUAUUUGUGUGUACCAAAUCUCAGCAAAUUUGAGGAAGCCUGCAUUGUAAUAAAGUUUAUUUUUAAUA